AAUCACUUUCUUGCAUUUUCCUUUCUGCUAUCAAGAGGGAAGCGUACGCACCUCGGGUAUUUUUUGAGGCUUCCAGACCUCCGUGGUUUACUCCGAGAUCACAACAGGACUGCUCUGAGUACCUCAGGUUUCUGCUGGACAGACUCCAUGAAGAAGAAAAGAUCUUGCGAGUUCAGUCCUCACAUGAGCCUGCCGAAGGUCUGGGCUGCGCUGACACGUCCUUGCAAGAAGUGGCCAGUAAGGCAGCUGCAGUGACAAAGUCUCCUGGCACAAGUGACAGUGAGAAGACGCUGAUAGAGAAGAUGUUUGGAGGGAAGCUACGCACUCACAUCUGCUGCCUGAACUGCAGGAGCACCUCACAGAAGGUGGAGGCCUUCACAGACCUCUCCCUGGCCUUUUGUCCUACCCCUUCUGUGGAAGACUUGUCUUUUCAAGACCCAGCUUCGUUACCCAGUGUGCAAGAUGAUAGCCUAAUGCAAACCAGCGUGGCUGACCCCGAGGAAGAGCCAGUAGUUUAUAAUCCCACAACAGCUGCUUUCGUCUGUGACUCCAUUGUGAAUCAGAGAAUGUUAGCCAGUCCUCCUGUUGAGUUUCACUGUGCAGAAAGCACUUCUGUCCCUAGUGAAUCUGCGAAGAUCCUCGUCAGUAAAGAUGGACCUCAGAACCCAGGAGGUGAAGCCACACCUUCAGUUACUGACUUACUAAAUUAUUUUUUGGCUCCAGAGAUUCUGACUGGGGACAACCAGUACUAUUGUGAAAACUGUGCCUCUCUCCAAAACGCUGAGAAAACUAUGCAAAUCACGGAGGAGCCCGAGUACCUUAUCCUUACGCUCCUGAGGUUCUCGUAUGACCAGAAGUACCAUGUGAGAAGAAAAAUUUUAGACAAUGUGUCGCUGCCACUGGUUUUGGAGUUGCCAGUUAAAAGAACUGCUUCCUUUUCUUCCUUGUCAGAAAGUUGGUCUGUAGAUGUUGACUUCGCUGAUAUUAAUGAGAACCUAGCUAAAAAACUAAAGCCUUCUGCAGCAGAAGAAGCUUUCUGUCCCACAUUAGUGCCCUACCUGUUAAGUUCUGUUGUCGUGCACUCUGGGGUGUCCUCUGAAAGUGGACACUACUAUUCGUAUGCCAGAAACAUCACAGGUACAGAGUCUUCAUACCAGAUGUGCCCCCAGUCUGGACAUCUGGCAUUAGCACCCUCCCAGAGUUGUUUACUAGGGGGAGAAAGCCCCAGUGCAGUCAUUGAACAGGACUUGGAAAAUAAGGAAAUGUCACAAGAGUGGUUUUUAUUUAAUGACAGCAGGGUGACAUUUACUUCAUUUCAGUCGGUCCAGAAAAUCACAAGUAGGUUUCCAAAAGACACCGCUUACGUGCUGUUGUACAAAAGACAGGGCAGUGCUAAUGGCCUGCACAGUGACAGUCCAGCCAGUGGUGUCUGGGUCAAUGGAGACCCGCCACUACAGAAGGAGCUGAUGGACGCCAUAACCAAGGACAACAAACUGUACUUACAGGAACAAGAAUUGAAUGCUCGAGCCCGGGCCUUACAGGCUGCAUCUGCUUCAUGUUCCUUUCGGCCCAAUGGAUUUGACGACAAUGAUCCACCGGGAAGCUGUGGGCCGACUGGCGGAGGGGGCGGAGGAGGAUUUAAUACCGUCGGCAGACUCGUAUUUUGACCCUGAGAGAACUGAAAAUGCAUCUGGUUGCAAACAUCCAAUACUGUGGCUGUUAAAUGUCAGGCUGUGACCAAUAGCACAUCUAUCUAACUUUUAUUUUUCUUUUCAUUAGACCCGAAUACUUUAAGAAAACACACUUGGUGGUGGUUUUUAUUCUUGAAAUACAAAAUGCAUCAUGGGAAAAAAAAUCUACCUCUUAAAUUUCCAUUUGCAUUUAUGGUUAGAUGUGCUUGACCAAAAAUGUUGAGAGGAAAAAAGUGUACCUGGUCCCUAAUUAAGCUGCAUUAAAUUUGGUAGAAGGAUUUAAAUGGUGUAUUUUCAGUUUUACUGAACAAAAAUCAUCCAUUUAGCAUUCUUUAUAAAAGAAUUGAUGCUAGAAGUUCAACACACACACACACACACACACACACACACACACGUUGUUUUAAGAAAAAUGGCAAUCUUUGUUUCUGGUAGAAUUGCCCCGUUAUGAAAUUCAGGUCUCUGGAGGCGAUGACAGUUUAAACCUCAGCUGCCAGACUUGGGCCUCUGCUUCCGCUGUCCUCGGUGUCGCUCUGAGGUUCGGGAACGGUGUCUUUGAAAGGAUUAUUUACACACACGUGGUGAGUGAAUUCACAGAAGGUGCACGACCCUGUAAGGGCAGUGUUUUUAACCUAACUUUGUAGUCGUUCCCCUUGUCCACGGACUGUAAAAUCCUGUUUUAGGGAGUGUAUCUCCUGUGUGUUUCAGAGGAGACGAGUCCUGUAUGUGCCUUGCAGUACUGUAAUUCAAAAAUAGGUAUCUUUGGCUGAAGGAAGUUUUCUAAAGCAAAAUGUUAGGAAAUAAACUUUGUGCUAACAUUUAAGUUAUAAUUUUUUAAAGGUAUUAGAUUUUUUCAGAGGUAAAAGCUGAUGGUUCUAAAGCAGUAAGUGUGAUGAUAAAUUUCUAACUCUUAGAAAACGUCUGAGGAAAUGGAGCUAGUUUAAGUAAAAAAUCUUCAAUUGAUUUGUUACUUAAUCCUCAAAACAUUAAACAUUGAUAACAUUUUUAGAGUUGUAUAUUUGGGAUUUUUUUUCUUUGUUUGAGAUACAUGUCUUCCACAGUUUCUGCUUUAUAAAGUACUCAAAAUGCCUCACCCCACCAUCCCUACUAUCCUUUUUUGGUUCUGGGGUGUUUCUUGUUUGGGUGGAGGGGGGAGUUCUUUUUGUUUUUCUUUUGGCCAGGAAACUGGAAACAUGUCAGUCCUCCUGGGUCUUGAUUAUACAGUACUCAAGCCUUGUCCCAAAUACUGUUCUUCCUGGCUGUUUUAACAUAUCCAUGACCAUAUAUUGUUCUGAAGAUUGGUCACAUAUUUAUUCUGAAAACACUUUAAGGAAAUAAUGGCCUUUGGUGACUUGAGGUGUAUCUUUUUCCCAAGCUUUUGUGGCAGUGAUUAAAAACGACUCCUCAUCUUCAUCCUGCUGCCCCAAUCCCAACCUAUUUCCAGUCACCAGAGGACUGAAAGCAGAUGGUUAGCACUGGCUUCCUCUAGUCCUGAGAGUGAUCUCCUGAGUCAGCCCGUGUUCAGUCAGCCACAGGCUGAAUGGUAACUUCUAACAGAUUCUGUCAGUCUGAGCAUUUGCUGAAAUUGGAUUUUUUAAAACUGGGUGAAUGUGCUUCUGGAACUUCCACAAAGGCAGUAGUAAGCCCCCAGUUUUACCUAUGACUACCAAAUAUUUCAAGGAUUUUAUGUGUGUCAAAACAUAAUUGUAAAUGAGAAAGUCUAAAUUCUAGUAAUAAUACUAGGAUUAUGCAAGUUUUAGUUGGAUAACCAAUACCAAAGUUGAGGGCUUUCUUUUAAGAUGAGAAAUGGCACACACUAAUGGUUUGCUGGAUUUCAUGUGUUUGCAAAGUGAGAAGCCCAUUCGGCUGAACUUAAUAAGGUGGCACCCUGAACUGCCCUGCCCCUCACCCAUCUGUUACUGCUGCCUCAUUUAUACACUCACACCAGGCCUCUCUGUCUCCUGUACUCCAUGUCCUUUCCAUGCUCUUUGUAAAUGUGGUUGGGAUCUCAUGCUAAAAGACUGACCAGAGGACCAUUGUUAUUUCUGUUCAGGUCAGUGCAAGACAGCUCAAAUGCAACUAACUGCCCAUCGCUGCUGAAGAGUACUGUAUUAGGCUUCUCUGUAAACCAACACUUAAAGCCAGAUGUGUAAGUCUGUGCUUCUGAAAGAUAUCUGUUGAUACGUUGUAAAGGUUGGCAUAUUCUUCCACAAAGAACUAUGCAAGAAGAAAAUGCAUGUAGGGCAUGGUCUUGCAAGCCCAUUGAAUAUGUCCGUAGUGGGUGCAUGUGCAACUCUGACUCCUGACACUUAAUAGCCAGUUGGCUCAUUUUCCAAGCAUCAUCUUCCAUUUGAAUAGCCAGAACCUGUCUGUACCUUAAGAUGCCGCUAGAGUCCUUUGAUGGAGAGACAAGAGUCCCUCAUUGUGUCUUAGAGGUCCUGAGAUCCUUCUGACUGUUCUAAGCAGUCCAUUACAUCACAUCUGGGAAGAGAAAAAGUUAGUCUUAAAUCUAUAAUAGCCGUCAGUGUAUAAAGGUGCUUGCUGCCGAUCCUGAGGACCUGACUUCAAUCUUCAGGAUCCACAUGGUGGAAAGAACCAAUUUCUGCUAGCUCACUUCUGACCUCCACACAAGUGCCAUAGCACAAGCAUACCCACCCACAUACAUGUACAUGCUAGAAAUAAAAAUAUAUGAUUUUCUUUGCUCA